AUGCUGGGGGGAUACUCUACCAGGAACCCCAUGGUAUCCUUCAUCAUUCCCUCCUCGCCGCCACAAACAUCUCCUACCGAAUGGAAAGCAGUUUUGAUGGAGGUCAGACGCCUCUAUUUCGACCGGCUGUACAAGCAAUGUGCAGCUCGCACCGCGGACCUCCUCAGAACGAUCAAGGGAACGAAUGUUCAUCCGAUUUACAAGGCCUACCUGGCGUUUUAUGGGGCUAUCUCUUACGAGUUUCUCGGUCAAGCUGCGCAUCUGUACUCCAACAACAAGGUCACCAAUCUCCAUGCCGCGCUUGACUCCUUCCUGGACUGUCUCUCUGUUCUUCCAGAGUCCACUCCGCUGCCAAAGAUGCCCGCAGUCUACCCGACUCCUCCUCCCAGCCCUCAAUCCGUGUCCCAGACGCAGUCGCCUGAAACACCUGACAGUCUUCUUGGGAUGCUCGACGACGCUGAAGAGCGUUCGCCUCAACAGCCGGUCAUUUUCGACGCCCUCAAGCGCAUGAUCGAUGUUUCCCUUGGCGAUCAGGAUGUCGAGGAUCCCUUCCUUUCCGACUCUGACAAUGAAUGGCCGACUCAAUUCGUUGGGACCUGCCGUGCGUCUGAUGAGGCUAGUCAUGGCAAACUGCAGCACAACGGGCUCAUCCGCGUUCAACUGCACCAAGUCGGAAACGGAAGCAAGGCCAAGGAGACCGUCAGAAAGAAUCAUUUGGUGCCAUCCCCGCUUCGCUUUCGAAAGGAUGCGUGCGACUUGCCUCCGCGGAAUAGCGGAUAUCCCACAAUGUUCGAUACCCCCACGAAGCCAGGAAGAUCGAGCCCCGGCCCGAGUCCAUUGAGUGAUAUCCGGCCAAGUCCGUUUAAGAUUGACAGCAGCAAAUUGGCUGCUCGACUGGCUGCCAAUAAGCUGGCUGGUUGUUCAAGCCCAAGUCGCAUCCCUCGGCUUGUCCCAAAGAAACUUGCACCAAAGAAAUUCGCUCCCAAGCGCAAUGAGCACAAUCGCGAAGACAAGAUCUUAGGGGACGAGGUCACCACGCCUACCCGUAUGGCGCAUAUUGUCAAAUUCAACCGUGAGAUUGAAUUCCUUCGCUCACAGGUGAAGGCCAAUAUCUCUGAUGUCCAGAAGCACGUGGAGAAGGUCACCGAGAUCCAACGAGCUCGCCGGGCACGAAAGAUACAGCGCCAAGCAUCCUUCUGGACCUUUUCGCCCGUCAACCCAGAAGAAGAGGCCGAAGUCGAACCGGAGCCGGAGCUAAUCAUGGACCGAUUUGGCAAUGUUUUGACCAAAGAGACCAAACAACAGCGAAUUGCCCGGCUUCGAGCCGAUGGCUGGACUACCGUAGGGUUGCGCUCUCCCCGCAGCAACUGGAAGGGAGCCCGGUACUACCAAGAUUUCUGUAACAUGGUGCUGAUGGAGAUGUCUGUGGAAAACUGA